AUGGAUCCUUCGAGACGAGAAACCUCGUCGCCUGGGCGCCAUCUUGGCGACGAAUCGUCCGGCAAUGCAUCUCCCGCCGACACGCGUCGCCCGACUGCCCAGCCCGAGUCUGCCGCAUCUCCUGUUCUUCGCGGUGAUAACAUGUCCGAAAGCUUCCAGUCUUCAGACACAGUGCGACCUAGACCAGAGGGUUAUGGUGCGAUAAGCGGUCCAGCUUCAGGCUCUGCCCAACAAUCGAAAGAAACGUCCCAGGAGCGCAGUUCGAUUCGCCCUGCCCAAACUUCACGACCUUCUCGCGGCCCCGAGAGAAUGCGAUCUGCUACUCGAUUGCGAAAACCCCCAAUGCCUCGACGACCAUCUUCAAACACCCCCUAUCGUGGCGGCGUCUUCUCAGCAGAAGAUGAAGUGCACGAGGUAGAAGCCGACGCUGCUGUGCGCCAACAGUCCUACCGCCGUAGACCCCAGCUCCCGACCCAGCUUUCCCGCGUUCAAUCGCAUCCAAACGAUGAGGGUGACAACGACAACAACAAUGACAGUAACGAGCCGUCCACCGAUAGCCCUGGCGAAGGUCGCGAUGACAACGACGAUGACGAGGAGGAGACUCCCAUCGAAGAACAGGACGAUUCAGAUAGCGAUGUCAGUGAGGCCGAGAGUUUCACCCUGAAAGAUCGACAACAGGCGAUCAACCAAACCCACCCCUUCGGUAUUCGAGUGUGGAAGCCCGCAUUGUAUAAAAAGGAUCGUUCGAUUCAAAAGUUCGCCCAAGCAGAUAUUCACUCGGCUCCUGGAGGUCGUGUUAACAACUGGCUUCUUACCUUCAAUCUGCUCUGGACACUCCUAUUUGGCUGGUGGAUGGCCACUUUAGCAGCCGCUGGCGCUAUUGUGUGCCUGCUUUUUGCUGCUGCUCCCAGUGGAAGAGAGUAUGGUAGAGUUCUUUGGGGCCUCGCCGGGUAUUUGUUCUACCCAUUUGGCAAGUUUGUUCGCCUAGAAAAGGACGAGACCUACAUGCACGAGGACCAAGACGAGGGGCGCAGUAUCUCGGAAUAUGAACAAUGGCAAAGCGGCGACCUCGAGUACGGACGACUCUUCUUUGGACCCGCUGACCGUAGCCGUUCAAUCGUUGGACGUUCGAGAAGAAGUAUCGAUUCGGAGCCUAGCGAGACAGAAAGUCUUCUUGGCCGAGGCCGACGUGGUGAACAUAUCGAGGCCGAUGAGUCUCCUCAGUACAAGAGACGACUGUUCGGUCGCGGUGAAUGGAACAUCGGCCGCGUCAUCUUUUUCGUCUUUUUCUACUGCCUCAUCUCGCCCUCGCUUCUGUUUGUGUCGGGCAUCUGCUGGUUCUUGGUCUUCUGGAUCCCCAUGGGCAAGACCACAUUUUUGCUGUUCGACCACCUCCGACGACACCCCCUGGCUUUGUCAUUCGAGAGUGAUAUAAAAUACAUUCGUGAAGAUGGCGGUCCGAGCUCGUCUGUUCUCCUCUGCACCUACCGUGCCGUAGGGUCAAGAUACUGGAAGUAUACCGUUGACGGAACCAACAUCUUCCUCAUCAACCUGAUGGUGGUUGUGUUCUUCGUCAUUUUCGACUGGCUCGUGAUUGAGGGUGUCUUCCAUGUCGAGGGCUUCAUUACCUCUCCCGCUUUCCUCUUCUGUGCCGGUCUCCUCUCUAUCAUCCCCCUGGCCUACUUCAUCGGACAGGCUGUUGCUUCUAUUUCGGCACAAUCAUCAAUGGGCGUGGGCGCUGCCAUCAAUGCUUUUUUUGCGACUGUUGUUGAAGUGUUCCUUUACUGUGUUGCUCUUACACAGGGCAAGGGCCAGCUUGUUGAAGGCAGUAUCGUGGGUAGUAUUUUUGCUGGUAUUCUGUUCUUGCCAGGAAUUUCUAUGUGCUUUGGUGCCAUCAAACGAAAGACGCAGCGCUUCAAUGCCCGAUCCGCGGGUGUGACAUCGACAAUGUUGCUCUUCGCUAUUGUAGGAGCUUUUGGUCCAACCCUGUUUUACCAGAUCUACGGAACUCACGAGCUUAACUGCAUGGACUGUGAGGACUACAACACUGGCGAAAACGGUAGAGACUGCCGCCGCUGUUACUUCAGCCAGGCUCCAUCACUCAGUGACAGGUUCUAUCUUGAAGCUGUGCGUCCUUACUGUUACAUGGCAGCGACUAUGCUGUUCUUCUCGUAUCUGAUCGGUCUAUGGUUUACUCUCCGAACUCACGCUGCCGUCAUUUGGAACGCCGAGGUUGAGGAGAAGCGACACGAAGAGCACAUGCAUUCAUCAAGUCUCCGCACUUCUCAGCUCCAUGGCCAUGUUCAUCCUCAUGCUCACACUCCAGCGACUGCCGAGACCAGCGGUACUGACGUUCGUGAUUCUCAGCUUUACAAGCGAAUUCUGGGCCAGUCUCUGAAGCAAUCUGGUUUCGGAGAGGAUCUUUCCCGCCAGAGUUCCACUGCUGGACAGACGGCUGCCACCAACGGCUCAGCAUCAACCCCUCAUGUCGUACCCCCCAAGUCCAGCGGCGGUGAACCAUCGCACUCUACUCUCCAUGUUCCAGGCCUCAGCGAUGCCGACAACAAGAUGCUUGUGCGCGAGGUUGCCGAGAUUGCUGCCACUGCUGCCACCAUUGCCUCGCGCGAAAGAAUGUCGAGAAAGCCAUCCGCCCUUCCUGCUAAUCACGGAGCUGGCCCUCGUCCUACACCAAGCCGUCAACACACCCACGUUGAAGCUGCCGAGACGGAGGGUCCUGCCACCGAGGCUCACCAAGCACACGGUGGCCAUGAUGCCCCCAACUGGAGUCGCGCCAAGAGUGCCAUUAUCCUUCUUGGAGCAACAGUCCUGUACGCCAUCAUUGCCGAAAUCCUGGUUGACACUGUGGAUGUUGUUUUGGAAAGCUUCGCGAUUGAUCAAAAGUUCCUUGGUAUCACCUUGUUCGCUCUUGUGCCCAACACAACUGAAUUUCUGAACGCCAUCUCCUUUGCUAUGAACGGAAAUAUUGCGCUGUCCAUGGAGAUUGGUUCAGCUUAUGCCCUACAAGUGUGCCUGCUUCAGAUUCCUGCGCUCGUUUUCUACUCGGCCUUCUGGCCCGGAGUGCCUGAAGGUGCUGAUCCGGCGUUGUACACUUUCUCGCUUCUGUUCCCUCAGUGGGACCUUGUCACCGUCAUUCUGUGUGUGUUCUUGCUGAGCUACAUGUAUGGUGAAGGAAAGAGUAACUACUUCAAGGGCAGCAUUCUUAUGCUGACCUACUUGGUUGUUAUUAUCGGAUACUACUUCAGUGGCUACACAUCUGAUGCUAUGGGCAUGCAGAGAUUUGAUGUCAUGGGAUCCGAUGGUAAAUACCAGAGCUACAAGACGAUCGGUAGAUCGACAAGGGGAAUGGCCUUCCCGGCCUGA